UGGAAAGCAGUGAUGUGGCGGAAUCUAUCUUCGAUUUCAACCAACCUGUGUCUACUAGCACUACACAGCAGUGCUGCCUAACUAGCAGGCUAGUAAUAUUUUAGCCGAGAAAAUGGACAACUCUGGGAAAGAGAAAGAAGCAACGGCCCUCGUGACUGAGGCCGAAAAGAAAGUAAAGUCGUCUCAGUCAUUCUUUGGAUCUUUAUUUGGGGGCUCAUCAAAGCUGGAGGAAGCGUGUGACAUGUAUGCCAGAGCAGCCAAUAUGUUCAAGAUGGCCAAGAACUGGAGUGCUGCAGGUAACGCCUUCUCCCAGGCAGCUCUCCUCCAUCUGCAGAUGCAGAGUAAACAUGACGCGGCCACCAACUUCAUUGACGCCGGAAAUGCCUUCAAAAAAGCUGACCCACAAGAAGCAAUAAACUGCCUGAAUCGGGCCAUUGAGAUCUACACAGACAUGGGUCGCUUUACCAUUGCAGCCAAACAUCACAUCACCAUUGCAGAAGUAUACGAGACAGAUCUGGUGGAUAUUGACAAGGCCAUAGCCCAUUAUGAACAGGCUGCUGAUUACUACAAAGGAGAAGAAUCCACAAGCUCAGCCAACAAGUGCCUUCUCAAAGUAGCUACCUAUGCUGCACAAUUAGAGCAGUACCCGAAAGCCAUUGAAAUAUAUGAACAGGUUGGAACGAAUGCUAUGGAUAGUACUUUGCUCAAGUACAGUGCGAAGGACUACUUCUUCAAGGCAGCCCUCUGCCAUUUCUGUGUCGACAUGCUAAACGCCAAGUUGGCCUUGCAAAAAUACGAGGACAUGUUUCCAGCCUUCUCAGACUCCCGAGAAUGCAAACUGCUCAAGAAACUUUUGGAUGCAUGCGAGGAACAGAACGCAGAUGCCUAUACCGAUGCAGUGAAGGAAUAUGACACUAUCUCACGGCUGGACCAGUGGCUCACAACCAUGUUGCUGCGCAUCAAGAAAACCAUAGAAGAAGACGAGAGCAACCUCUGCUAGAAGUUUCUACACACACACACACACACACACACACACACACACACACACACACACACACACACACACACACACACACACACACACACACACACACACACACACACACACACACACACACACACACAAUCCUCAGCCUUUCACCCUUGCCUUUUUUGCAUCAUUCCCAGACUUUUUUCUUUUUUUCUCUCUUUGGCACUUUUUAAGUGACUUCCAACUGUUGUGACUGUCUUCUGUCAGUUUUUGUCCCCUCCCUCCCACAGAAACAGCCUUAUGUGCCUUCUGUCUUUUUGAGCCUACAGCUGGGGUGGGGAACCUAUGUCUGGAGGGCCGUUUGCGGCCCUUGUGGCCGUUUUUUCCGGCCCCCGAUAUAAUUUUCAUGUUAUUCAGCUUCAAAUGAAAUAUGACACAUUUUGUAAAGGAAUCUUUGAAAAUGCAUUUGCAAUACAAUUGAGUUGUAUUCAGGGGACCUAGAGAAGUGGUGUUUGCUUAAAAGGUGUCUGCCUUCAAUAUAGGCCUAAAGUGAAAGGGAAAAUCCUGGUUUGUGUUCAUAGUAUGGCCCUUGGAGGACUUUUAUGGCCCUCGGAUGAAUUUGAAGUGGCCCUUCGAAUGAAAAAGGUUCCCCAACCCUGGCCUACAGUGUCAUGCCUGAAGAAGACCUCCACCUGGUCUACCUACCCUAGACUCCAGAGUGCCUCGUUCAUUCAUUGGUUGCAUUUGAUACAGUCCCGUCAAAGAUUUUCUAGGUUCUAACCUAGGUGCCUUUUCACAGUCUCUGGGCCCGUGUCAGAACCUUUUGGAACACUAAAGUUUUAUUAUUGAAUGGCAGUCUGUUGCCAAACUGCGUCAGGACCGUUAAUAAUCAUGCAAAUCUGGAGCAGACUGCUGAAAACUUCAUCUCCACUCACAGAAGAUUACGUCAAUCAGUUAUAUGGACUAUAUGUACAGCGGAAAACAGCACAGCAUAACUCUUAAUUAAAAAAGGCCCUUUAUGCUUAUAUUCCAUAAUGCACUAUUUUAUUUUUUUCGUCGAAAAAGAUGUUCCAACAGUCAACUUCUAUUUUUUUUGUGGUGGAUUUGAUUCGAAGAAUUAAAAAUACAUAAACAUGAAUCAACGUGAUGUGCAUAUGAUGCCUAUAGGAAAGUAUAAUGUGCUUUAUGUCUUUUCUUUGCCUUAAGAGAGAGUGUGGUUUUAAAGGCCUCAUGUUCUGUGGUCAUCACACUAAGAUUAAGGAUUGAAUAUGGAGAAUCUCUUUGAUUAUUAAGCACAUUUCAAUUUUAUGUGUUUCCUUGCUAAAUUGAAAUGUAUGACGAAAAGUAAAUUUUAAUACAUUGCAAUGAUUCCAUCAAAUUAAAAAUAUAUAUUUGGACAAAGUUUA